UUUUUAUUCAUAAUACAAAAUAGUUUGAGUAAGAAAAUAGACAAAGUAAGAAACCUCUUGGAUGGACAGGAAAGAUAUGACAAACGUGGUUGCUUAGUGAGAAAGGAAGGAACAGUAUGUCUUCAGCAUCGUCUAUAGCAUCGACCAAGGGUAAAAAAAUCUUCAACAGAAAUCAUCACCUUCUUUUCAGAAGUCUACUAAAAAGAGCAAGCGAAUGUUUAAAUUCUUCCUUACAUCCUAAUAGGUACUAACUUGACUAAUGUUUCCAGUUCUCCUCGUCAAAGGCCGCACCGGCAAAGACCUGCUGAUGCUAAACGGCUACACAUAUUACCAGCACAAAAUCCUCAGGGACGGCUUCCGCUGGAGCUGCACCCAGAUGGGAUCCAGGUCUUGCCGAGGGUUCCUCCACGUGACCAAUGAGAUGCUCGUCGUCAGGGCCCAUACAGAGCACACUCAUCCACCUUCUACUUACUUCUUGGAGAAGAUUAAGCAGCAGUACGCUAGAGAAAUUGAUCUCAAGAAAAGCUCAUCCGACGAGGACGAAACUUCCCUAUCUUCGCUGAAGAUCGCUAGCAUACAGGGCCGCGUCGGGUUUUAGCCCAACAGUGCCAUAGCCUUUGUUAUAAUCAUGUUCUAAGAAAACGAAACUAGACAGAGCAUCUGAUUUAUACAACCUUGCUGUGACGUUAUACUUGGUACAUGCGCACAGGCAAAGGUUCUUGAGUGACGACCGUUUCUCAGAAAAAGAAGCGAGACAAGCCUGGUAAAACACAGCGAACAUAAUAUUGAAGACUGUUGUCUUUAGCGUGAUGUACUUGACUGACGUUUCUUCUGCCUCUUCGUAGUUACACGAGGUCAAGAACAAACGUCAGAACGAUUGUAUGAAGCGGAUGCUCUGGUCUAUAGCUUAUACUCUUUGGAUGACGAUGUCUCGAAUAAUAAGGAUCAUUAUAAUAAAAUCAUAUUAAUCUUUAGUUAUAUAAUAAGUACUUAGAUUUUACUUUAUCAUGGUAUGCAUUUUUUAAUUAAGCGCAACUUUACCAGUUUACAUAUUAAAACACAUCAUGCUUUGCUUACCUUUAUUGUUUCACCUUUCUUUAGUAUAAAGUUAAAUAAGUUAGAUAAUAUGUAACAU